CUAACCUUACCUUUUUGAUGACAUGUUUUUGUUUAUUUUUGAAAACUUAAAAUAUCAACUAUUCAUAAAUUGCUUUAUUGUAUGAAUUAUUAAUUUUGAUAGUGUUCGAAUUCAUAGAUAAAGAUGAAAGUUAACAUAAAAGCUUUACAUGGGGCUGAAUGUUUUGUUGAGAUUACAAACACCAUGACAAUCCUUGAGCUUAAGCAAAUGGUCUCAAAAGCCCUGAAAGUACCAAUUGGCCAUCAAAAACUGCUUCUCGCCGGACGAUUUCUAGCAGAUAACAUGACAGUAGCCGACUACCCUUCAAUGAAAGAAGGCAUUCGUAUACACUUGGUGGUGCGACCUAAUUUGGACCAGGACAUCAGUUCGGUGACUCUACACGAUGCAACCUACUGUUUCCUACGCAAAUAUUACUCGGAUUCCGAUUCACAAAAAAUAUCUGACGAGUUUCUAAAGGAAUUCAACCGGUCUAUCUCUUCACUGAGUCUGGACGACAUAGAAAGGAUUGCCACAAUGUAUUUGAACGAAGAACUGACAAGUUGAAGCAUUUCCCCCCCAUCCCACUCUCCAACCCUAGACGAAGUUGUGGCUGUAUAUUUUCUACAUUAAUUUUCUUUUGUAAUUUAUUUUAUUUAAUAAAAAUAUCAAACUAUAAAAA